GCACAUCGGUAUAAAUCGUGUAACUGUCCUUGAUGUUUGGAAAAAGGUACAGUUCUCCUCAGCCGGUUGCCAGUAACCAGUUAAUGCUACUAACUAUAUACCGGUAUAUAAAAAAAUGAAUACCAUGGUUAAUCGUGGAAUUUUUCAGGCUCAAUUAGCAGUAAUUAUGGAUAAACUAACCAAAGCUGCGGUUGCUGAAAUUGGAAAAGUGGCCGAUGAGUGUUCCGCUGCGAUGCAUUCUGAAGUCUUUCAGCACAAGAAUGAGAUUGAGGCACUGAAGAAAAAAUGCUAUUUACUCGAGAUUGAAUUAAGGGCUUCGAGGAACACACACCAUAAGGCAACCGGUCCGAGUGGGAUUCGGGCAUCUGAUGAAUUUAACCCUCUCCACCGGGAGGCGCCAGUUGCCAUAGAUGGUGUGUUUGGAAAAGACUGGUGUAUGAACCUAUGGAAAGAAGGCAAACCUCCUCAACAAGAGACGGUGGCAUCCAACAGCUUGACAGAUGUAACCCAGGCAAUAAACUUGAUCGACAACGAGCCUGAACUGAUCUUUGUCAAAGAGGAGAUGUUCGAGGACAGACCAACGGGCCAACAGCAGAAGGGACUUGCAGAGGACAGAGAAGGGUGUGUAUCAGCUGUGGAUGGCAUGGCAGUGGGAGCAAUUGAAGAUCUUCAUCUCUAUGAAAGUGGCAUCAACCCAUUUCCAAUGCCUACUGACAUCCGACAGGAACAAGGCGCAGCGUCCACGUCUAUGGAAAACCUAAUAGAAGAACCAUCUCUAGCUACUCAUAUAGACACAGUAGCAGACCCUAUUACUGGGGAGGACAUAGACUUCCCAGGUAAUAUGAAUAUAGAUACUGCAAGAAAACCGACACACUAUCACAGACCAGGAAAGGACCAGAAGCAGUUUGACUGCUUGUUUUGUGGGAAGAGCUUUAGUUACAUGAGCUACUUGAAAGUCCACAUCCGGCGUCACUCUGGAGAGAAGCCUUUCUGCUGCACAGUUUGUGGCAAGAGGUUCGCUCAGAAAACGUAUCUGAAACUGCAUCAGCGCACCCAUUCAGGAGAAAAGCCAUACAGCUGUAUGGAGUGUGGAAAAAGUUUCUCCCAGAAAAGCUCUUUGAAUGUACACAUCAGAAGUCACACAGGGGAGAAGCCAUACAGCUGUGUAGAUUGUGGAAAGAGUUAUGCCUAUAAGCAUGGGUUUAACCAACACCAAUGUUUCAACUGAUAGAAAUAGUAGCCUAGAUUAGUAAUAAAAAACAGGACAGCAUCUGUAGAGAGAUGAGGGUGUUUUUUAUUGAGAUGUCUUCCACGAUGGGAACAUUGAAGGCCCUGUAAAGUUAUUGCUAAAUAAUAUAUAUCUUUGCCGGUUAUGUCAUAAAUACAAACGUUUUUAACAAAUAUAUUCUAUUCUAACAAAAACACAUAUUCUUGAGUUGAGUCCAUUGAGGUUUCUAUGAGUGUGCACGUAUUAUGCAAAUUAGAUCCAUUGCAUAGGAGGGACACAUGCUGAUUACUAAUAUGUGGUAUAGAUCCGAGGAGAAUAGAAAAGAGUUCACUUGUUUAAUUGGUGGAAUGUUCUGAUCCUGAGAUGAGGUCACUCAACCUGUUGAUCCAAGAAAAUCAGUAUCUGUGACAAUCCUUUAAAUCCCAAUGGAAUUCUUAUCUUUUGUGAUGAUUGUAGUAGGUUUAAAAAAAACAACAACAAAAUAAUUAUUAAAUUUGUCAUAUUAGCCCUUGUGUUAUCUUCGGGUCAUUGUUACCUUUCAGUCAUUGUGACCCCCCCCCCACAUGUUGCAACAAUUUUAACUAAUAUUAAAAUAAAGUGAAGCUUUUUCUUUUAACCGUCAGCAUUGUCUCACACGAAGUGCGAAGGUAAAAAGAAAAUGCUUUUUAUUUGUUUUUGUAUUGGGUAAAGUUGUCGCAGCACAACGAUGGGUCGUUGUGAACCGAAGGCAGCACAAGGGUUAGAUUAGAUGCAACUUUAUAGUCAUUUUGCACAGUUCGAAUACAGAGCCAUUGAAGCCAGAAGACCCAGACCAGAUAGACUGAGCCGAGUCACAAUGACCCGAAGAUAACACAAGUGUGAACAAUGUAGCUAAUAAUGACAAUAGGGAAGUGGAACGAUGCAAUAACCAGCGCUAGCUCGUUGAGAAGUGGAACAUGCAACAGUACAGUGUAAUGAAAUACGAGACAAUAAACUAUUGUUUAUUAACAGA